AUGGCCAUGAGGAUCCGAGUGAAGCGCUUGAAUGGGGCAGUGGAUGAAGUUGAAGUGCUGCCAGAUACUAGCAUUUGUGAUUUCAAACAGAAGCUGAAGGACAUGCAGCAGUAUGAGGAUGAAAUGACACGCCAAUUGACAAUUGUGGAUGUGGUUUGCGACGUGCAGAAAUUGGACGAUGAUCAGAAAACGCUGGUCGAGUCUGGCAUCGAAGAUGGUGCAGAGGUGCAGGUGCUCUUCCGCAGCAUGGAACCAGUGGAAUGUUCGCACCGUUUUUCAUAUGGUCAAAGGCCAGUACAGGUGCCUUUUGUGAAGAUCCCCAGCACAGUACAUCAAGUCGAAAGGUUUGCCUUUGAAAACUGCCGGGCCUUGCUGAAGGUCGAGAUUCCCGACUCUGUGACAUCCAUCGAAACUUGGGCAUUCAAAGACUGCACCGCCUUAAGGGGCUUGACACUUCCCAGCUCAGUGACCAGCAUUGGAGAGUCUGCCUUCUUCAACUGUAGCUCAUUAACCGAGGUGACAAUCCCCAACUCGGUGAGGUCUAUUGGAGACUCUAUGCCUUCAAGCUUUGUGGAUCAUUGA